AUGGGUAAAGAUAGAUUGGGUCGUCCUAUUGCGUAUGUUCAUGCCAAAGAACAUAUUAAAGGGCAGCAUCCAUUAGAAUCAAAAGAAAAAUUAAUCAUUCUAUUUAUUGAGACAGCAAGACUUUUGAUUGAGCCUCCUGUUGAAGAAGGCACUGCGAUUAUUGAUAUGUUCCAUAUUGGAUUUCAGAAUCUGGACUAUCAACACAUUAGAUUUAUGAUCAAUGCCAUGCAAAAUUAUUAUCCAGAGGCUUUAGGACUCGGCUUGGUUCUCAAUGCUUCGUGGACAUUCAAUACUGUUUGGAAUGUUAUAAAAUCAUGGUUAGAUCCGGUACUAGCGAGCAAGAUUCAUUUUGUUAAAAGUUCAAAAGAAUUGGCUGAAUAUAUCAAUCGGGUGUUUUUUCUGAAAAGACUUGGUGGUAAACAAAUGGAUUUUAAAUUGCGUCCACCGACAAAAGAGGAUGAAGCUUUAGUGAAAUUUUUUCGAGAAGAUAAAUAA